AUGACGCGCUCGUCGAAUCUCCCGAUUCUUUCGCAACUAUUGAGUGCAAGGAGCUACGCCGAGCAGACGGGUGCGCUACGGGCGCUUAAGAACGAUAUCGUCGGGCAUGCACAGAAGAAGGAGAUGUGGGCUGGGCUGGGCGCCCUGAACCCCAUCGUCCAGAUACUCAAUGCUGCCCGAUCGCCAGCCAAGGUCAACGGCAAGGACACUCGGCCCGGUGCCAGCCCCCGAUAUGUGAGCGAGGAGGAGAAUGUGAGACUUCAGGCGCUCCAGCUGCUGGCGAGCUUCGCCAACGGUGGCACCGCCUUUGUCGAACCUCUUCUCGUUGCCGGCGCCCUGCCAGCUGUGCUAGACAACAUUUGCCCCGUCUCGAACGCUCCCUUGCUCGUUACGGCUGCUCUACGUGUUCUGCUCAACAUCAUCGAAGCCGCCGCUCUGGCGCAGCCGACCUCUCCGGUGGACACGCAGGCUUUGGCCGAAGCCAUAUUUGCUACUGAGCACAUCGAUUCCUUCAACAGCAUAUUAUCCAGUACAUCUACCACGUCCGAGCAACAAACACAAGUAAUAUUGGUAGCGAACAUAAUCAGUCAGUCAUGUCGGGACGAGAGGCAUCAACUCGCCAUGGCAAGCCAAGGAGUGCUCGAUUCACUCGCAACGCGGCUGGCGAGCAUCGCCGUCGCCCUAGGGCAUGUCAUCCCGUACGCCGAGGUGCUCGGCCGGGUGGAUCGAAUGUCUGACUUCAUCCCGGAGCCCGCACCGUCAAGCUCUACUCUGGCCCCGAUCUUGGAGGCACUGGCUACCAUAAUCUCAGACUCUCGGUUCAGAGCUUGCAUGUUGCUGUGCUCCCCGGCGAUCAUGGCCAUCUUUCCCGCUAUGAAGUUUACGCCAUCAAAGGAAGUCAGGGCUCCCUGGAACUCUCUUGAUGUUAGCGGCCUGGGAUUUGCACGGCAGCAAAGUCUCAGUGCCGUAGACUAUCUGCUUCCUGCCGUCCCUAUCCACCAAGGCCGGGUCUCUGGUUCCCAGCAAUCGCAUUUCCCUGCUUUGGGCUCCUCCGAAGCGCGAGAGCGGGCUCGCUCAGCGGCGACCAAGUACACCUCUACGGCUUCCGUCUGGGAGGCUUCCCGGUUCGAGCUGUUUGGUAACGAAGGGGAGCCCGAAGAGGAGCAAGAGAGCCCUCUCAUUCCUUGGUUAAUUGUUUUGGUCAGGUCACGGCAGAAUAUGGAACGGUUGAUGGCCGCCAACCUUCUCACCUCGCUCUUCCGGUCUGGGUUCGGCAUUAAGUGCUUGAGAGAAGCCAGCCUUGGGUUACUGGUCGUCCCUGUGCUCAUGGAUAUGUUGGACCAACUUCAGUCAGCGCCACCCAUUGUCAAGUCGCCCCUUGUCGAUGCGGAUACGGCAUUGAGGUGGGCAAUGCUGGAGAAGACGCCAGCAAUACUCGCUCGAAUGAUCACGGACAGCGAGCCGCUCCAGAAGGCUGCUUUCGAUUGCGGAGCCGUCAAAUGUUACAGCAAGCUCCUCAAGGAUGCGUACGAGCCGAUUCCAGCGUCGGCGUACGCCAAGGUUUGGUCGCCGCAAGUGGACCACGCCAUGGAGGCGGAAGACACAUCUCCCUCAUGUGCUCUGGGGCCAGAAGGGCAGCCGCCGCUCCUAGCUCAUAGAAUAAGGAUGCGCGAAAGCGCUCUAAAAGCGAUAGGCGCUCUGGCGGCCGGCAAGGACGAGUAUCGUAAAGCUUUCGUGGAGCAGGAUGUCGUCGCUCACAUUGUGCAAUCACUCUCGCCUACGCCUGGCAAGCCGUCAAAUCCCAAGGACCGCAGCAAACCCAACGAACCGGAUGGACCCGUGGGCGAUGGAUCUUCAUCUGACCAUAACUCCGGGUACGGCAGCAAUCCGUUGCCGGUGCUGAUUGCGGGCUGUCACGCAGUCAGAAUGCUGUCGCGGUCUGUAAGCAUUCUCAGAACAUCAUUGGUGGACUACGCCGUGGCAGUCCCUCUCUUCCGGUUCCUCAGACAUCCCGACGCAGAUGUUCAAAUUGCCGCCACUGCAGCGAUAUGCAAUUUGGUCACCGAGGUCAGCCCCAUGAGGGAGGUUCUGGCCGAUAGGGGUGUCAUGAAGAUUCUGUGCGAGCAUGCGCAUUCCCUCAAUCCCGCGCUACGCCUCAAUGCCCUUUGGGCAUUGAAGCAUUUCGUCCACGCAGUUGACCCGGAGACCAAGAAGCAUUGCUUGGAGGAGCUCGAGUCUGGUUGGCUGGUGCAGCUCAUCUGUGACGACACGGAAGACGACGCACUGUUCCUCGCGAGAUAUAAAAUGGACAAGCAGAAUGCGGUGGACAGCGGGGACGACAUGGACGGCGACAUCGAAAUGGACCAGGCAGACCCGUUGUCCAAGUCAUGGAUAAGCUCGACGAUGCCGCCACAAGACGCAGAUGGCAAGCGAUCGGCUAAACUACGACAGGCAGAAGCCAGGCUAGCAGCUCUUCGCGAGGCUGAGAUCAACCCGUUACGAAAAGCGCGAAACGAUGACCUCGCCAUCCAGGAACAAGGUCUCGACUUUAUCCGGAACAUGAUAGGGGCGGCAGGCUCUGGAUCAAACUCCGAAUCGCCCAGCGACACCACGGAGAUGAUUGAUUACCUCUUCAGCGAACUCGGCCAGGAUAGAUUCUUCGACAUACUCGCCAGGAAGCUGCAGGCCAAGGUCCUCCACCCAACGUCGAGACGGUCCGCGGGGUCGGCACGCGAGACCCGGGUGCUCUACCCACAGGCCAAGAUCAUCGAGGCGGUGGUUUUCAUCCUAGUCCACAUGGCGGCCAGCAUCCCGCGCCAUCGGCAGCUGGUGAUUGCUCAAACGGACUUGCUCAAAUUGCUGGCGAACCACUUCAAUAGUAAGGAUAAGGAGGUGCGAGUUGCCCUCUGCCACCUAAUCAGCAACCUCACAUGGCAGGACGACGAGAGCGAUACGCGAGCGUGUGCCCAGCGGGCGUACGAAUUGAAGAAGUUAGGUUUCUUGACCAAGCUGGAGGGACUAGAAGACGAUUGCGAACUGGACGUUCGGGAGCGGGCUAAGAGCGCGGUGUGGCAGAUGAAACAGGUCAGCAGUUACUAG